CGAUGUACGGGAGGCUGGAGUCAGGUCAUUGCCGUAGAUUUACCUCCGUACCCAGCGGAGUCGGCCACCGCGCCGGGGACGCGAGGCGUGGCAGGGCUCGGGUUACCCGGGACUCUCAGCUCCGCGAAUCCCGCCCGGCCUGCCGUUGAGUGAAGUGGCCCGGGCCUGAGGCCGUGCAGGCCGAGGGUCUGGGGUGAAUGUGGCCCCCAGGGGUCAGCGGCCCUAUUAGGGGAAAGAAAGAAUUUAAACCUUCUCUCAGAAUUGUAUGGCAGAACUAAAGAAGACGACAACCAAGGGUCAUCUGAAAUUGUGAUUGGCUCUCUAGUAAUUCCAGGACAAAGUCAGAGAUCACGACUCAAGCAUAAGUUUUCCUAAGACCACUACAAAGAUGUUUGAUAUAAAGGCUUGGGCUGAGUAUGUUGUGGAAUGGGCUGCAAAGGACCCAUAUGGCUUCCUUACAACAGUGAUUUUGGCCCUUACUCCAUUGUUCCUAGCAAGUGCUGUACUAUCCUGGAAAUUGGCCAAGAUGAUUGAGGCCAGGGAAAAGGAGCAGAAGAAGAAACAAAAACGUCAAGAAAAUAUUGCAAAAGCCAAACGACUAAAAAAGGAUUGAAGAAAAGAACAGGCUCUGAAACCAGAGGAAAAUUAUUUGGAAAAUUAUGCAGCUUUGGAGAAGGACUCAACUAAGGUUUCUUCUUUGGGUUUUGUGACCGUAUUAUAUAGUAAACAAAGUCUGACUAUAUGGAAGAAUCAUGUUAGUUAUGACCUCAGUACUGUAGUAACUUUUACGCUUGGAUAUAGAAAUAUGUUGGUAUCUGUGACAGUUAUUGGGUAAAUUGGCAUUUAUUCUACAAAAUCUUUAUAACUGAUCAUUUAUUAGGCUAUCUACUGAAAUAAAAAUAUCCUAUGGUGAACAAAAUGACUUUAGAUUAUGAACUUUAUUCAAAUAGCAGCUUAAAUUCAGGUCCUGUUCUGGACAAAGAAAGUAAAAGUCAGAAUUGUCCUCUUUAAGAUGAAAAGUAUGUUUGGGCUUAAAAAAGUAUUAAUCACAUCCUUUGUCAUUAUUGCUUAUUUCAUGCAAUAUAAUCAUUUCUGGUUUCCUCAAAGCAAAUAUUAAUCAUUUAAUUCUUUA